GAAGUAUUGUACCAAACUUACACUAUAGUCCUUUUUUACAUGAUUGGUGGUAUGUUAAGUUUACUAAAGAAAAUGGAGUUACUAAGCAAACCUUUUACCCAUUUCGGGUUGGUUAUAAAUGUAAAACAGAAAUAAAAGGACUUCAAAUCACAACACGAAUAGUUCAAGAAAAUAUGCUCAAUUCACAAGUACCAGGAUUUUGUUGUGAAGAAAAUGGAAUAUCUGGCGAUUUGUUAGACAAUCCAACUCAGGCGAUAAAUUCAUUUUAUGACAAACUUUUUGCUGAAGAUAAAAAAAAUACUCGAUAUUCAGGACCACAAAUUAUGGGCUUUGAUGAUCAAACAAUUCUUAGUGAAUUAAUAUCUGAUAUUUCUUUUCAACCAUUUAAUAUUUCUAUUAAUAAGCUUAGCAUUAUAAUUCAUUCAAUAGGUGUAUCUUUAAAUAAAGAUUGGGGUUAUGCGG